UCGCAACGAUAAAUGAAAAGUAUUAUCCUCUUUAAAAAUUAUCUACAUUUAUUUAUUUUUUUGGUUGAUUUGAUAUUUUAAUUAUGUAAUUUUAACAAAUUAGGCUCUCUCUCUUAAUAGCUUAGUCAAAAAGGCAUUAACGUCAGCAUUUACAAUCCUCAAACUAUAAAUCAAAUUAAGUAAAAUAGUUUAUAUCACCAAUCUGCUGAAAAACCAAGAGUUAAAACAAACGGAAGCUUACACUCUAGCAAUAACUAAAGCUUGGCUUUAGAAACCUAACAAGGAUAGGCAUUUAAUUAGGCUUUAGCUUUUUCAGCAAAUCUAUCAUCUGGAAAAAAAAAUAAUUCCUAGACAAAUUUGAGCAAUCUAAAAACAGCAAAUCUAAUCAGUUAGCAAUAAAAUGUUUAUACAGGUAUAGGGAAAGGUAAUAGCAGUGCUCAAAAAUAACUUAGUCAAUAAUAACAGUUUGAAAUCCCAAAAGACAUUUAGUCUCUUCUCCAGAAAAAAAUGCUAAGUUAGCAACAUAGAAGGGCAGAAUCUACCAAACUUGCAUAUAUGAAUUAAAAUCUCAACUCUUUUUCCACUAAUGUCUCAUCAUAGAAGAAAGGUGAUAAUAAUUUUGUUUUUCCAGAAACCACUGACGAUAGCAACCUUCAAUUGCAGACAACUACCAGUUAAAUUAGUUCUGGAGGGCCAAGUAUAACAGUUUCAUAAUCAAUGACUGGCUUAAAGUCCUCAAAAAAUAAAACAGAAAUGCAUUAACAAUACUACUCAAAUCACACAAAAAUGGAAGAUAAUAUUUAAAAUGAUAUUUAACUUAUUGUCUCACCUUAAGUUUCAUCAAGAUCUGGUUAAAAUUAAAACUCCCCUUUUUUAUGUGCUUAACAAAUUCUUUCUAAUAAUAAUAAUAAUCACUUUUCAUCUCCUCUACAACUGACACCAAAUAGAGAUCCCAACGAUGGAGGGAGAUUUUUCUUAAAUUUGGCUAAAACUGCUGCCAAGACUUAGUCUAAUGAAAUUCCUUAACAUUUUUAAAAGAGUAGCUCUGUCAUACAAAAUGAAUAAGCAAACUUUUAAGAAUUAACAAAUAAGUAAGAAAAAAGAAUUUCUGAUCAUAAAUCUUAAAACAAUUCUCCUAUCAAUAACUUCUUUUUUGGAGAUGGUAUCGUACCUCUUUCUGCAUAAAUUUAAAAGAAUCAAAGCAUGAACUCAACCUAGUUGCAGUAAAUAUAAACUUCAUAGUUUAAUUCACCAUACAAAUAAAGCAUAAAGCCAACAAAAGUUAAAAUAUGUGAACCAAAUAAUGUUAUUCACUAUGAAAAAAUGUAACCUAUUAAAAAUCAAAAUUCAUAUUUAUAGCUAUAAACUGAACCAAGUGGACACUCUUACAGCAAAAGUGUUAAUUUAAUGUCUUCAAGAAGUGAAUUGAGUGAUACUGAGACUAACACUAAUUAAUAAUUACAAAUAGUUAAAUAGCCUUAUCCCUCUAAACCUAAUUUGGAGAGGUCUCAAUAGCAAUUUAUAACCACUUCUCCUCCAAAAUUACCAUAAUAAAUAGAUAAUAUAAAUAAAAGCAAUUAAAAUAAUCAACACGAGUUAGCUCUAGUACCUCCUAGCUAAGAAGAAGCUAAACAGCAGUUUUAAAAGAUUCUUUCCACACUCUAAAUCUAAGAUCAAUAAAAUCUCUUGCAGGAGUUGACUAAUCUUUACUCUUAAAUAUUUCAUUUGGAGGAUUAAAAACCAUAAAAUUAAAAAAAAUAAGAGCAACAAGUACAAAUUUAAACCUAAAGUAUUAACAAAUAAUAUCAAACUUCAAAUGGAAACGAUUCGACUUCUACUUCCUCUUUGGAUGAUUUGCAAGGAUCUUCAGUCAAGAAUAAAAAAACCUAAGAAGAAAAAGAAAGAGAAGAGUUUUUGAAGCAAGAGGAGAGAGUAAGUUUGGAGCAAAAGGUACUUCUUGUAAAUUAUGUAGAUAUAAAUUAGGAUGAACUUUUCAAGCUAGUUAGAGAAUAUUACUAAACAUAAACAAAUCAGCAAAAAAAAUAUCUAAGCAUAAGAUAAGAAAAGAUUUCAUUACAAGAGCUCCUUUCAAUUUAAAAAUUUAUCUAGGAAAAGCUGCUUGAAAGAAUAGAUCAAGAGAAAAAAGCAAGAUUGAAAACAGAGGAAUAAACCAGUAUGAUGCUUUUAAAUUAAGAAAAAACCAUUAAAGUCAUGGAAACUAAAUGGUAAUAAUAGUAUGAAUCAAUGAGGAAUGGUAGUACAGCCUCAGGAAAUUCAAACAAUUUUAAGUAGCCUUCUCCUUAAGAUAUAAGCUGUACAUUAAUGGAUUCUAAUUGA